CUGCCUGGCCGAUUUUCUCAUCGUCAUUUGGCACUGAAUAUCCUUACCUGCGCGAUCAGUAUCAGAAUGUCAAGGAUCCUUUUAUUCGUUGCACUGCUUGUCGCAAUUGCAGUAGCAUUACCAGCACCGCAACUUCAAGGUUCUCAUUCAGACCUUCAAUGGAUAAUCAGAACAGCCGAGUCGGAGCCUCGUUUUAAACGUACUGCGUACGGUGGAUAUGGCGGCGGUUACGGUCACGGAUUCGGCGGAUCUGGCGGUUUUCAAGGUCAUCAUGGUCAUCAUCAUGGUUAUGGAGGACACCGAGGAUUCGGACAUCACGGUGGUUACGGAGGAUGCAGAGGAUGCGGAGGAUACGGAGGAUACGGUGGCGGAUUCGCCAAUAGCGCAGCCAAUGCAGGUUCAAUUAGCACGCCAUUCGGCAGCGGUUCCUUCGCGACUUCGUUUGCUAAUUCUGGAUAUGGACGAUGAAGGACUUAAAAAAACGGCCACUGCUCAUGAAAAUGGACAUAUAACAUAAUAAUAUGUAACAUAAGAUGUAACGUAAUA